GCUCCGUCUGCAGUGGGUGACUUUAGGAAAUAAGACCGAGCAGCGCCUCUCGGCUCUCUCUCACUAUCUUUGCGCAGAGAUGCCUCUCUCCAGGAGAAGCCUCGGCUUCGGCUUGCUGGCUCUUCAAAUUAUUAUUAUUAUUUUCCUCUCACAGACACGACGGGCCCAGGCGCAGCAUUGUAUCUGGUAUGGAGAGUGUGGCAACUCAACGGUACUGCCGGAAAAGAAGUACAACUGUAACUACACAGGACCUCCCAAACCCUUACCUAAGGAUGGACAGGACCUCUUACUGGAACUCUGCCCGGGUUUGGCUUAUGGAAACCAGAGCGUGUGCUGUGACACCCAGCAGCUGAAUACACUUAAAGGCAACAUCCAGCUUCCUCUUCAGUACCUGUCCAGGUGUCCAGCAUGUUUCUUCAACUUCAUGACCCUGUUCUGCGAGCUGACCUGCAGUCCUCACCAGAGCCAGUUCCUUAAUGUCACCAGCUUCUCCACUGACCCCGUGGACAACAGAACCAAUGUGGUGGAGCUUUCUUACUACAUCAGCGACAUGUUUGCUAAUGCUAUGUACAAUGCAUGCAAGGACGUGCAGGCUCCCUCCAGCAACGUUAAGGCCCUCAGUCUGCUGUGUGGGAAAGAUGCCAGCCAGUGCAACUCCACCAACUGGAUCCAGUACCUGUUUAACAUUAACAACGGCCAGGUCCCCUUUGCCAUCGAUCCUGUAUUUAAAGAUCAUCCAGCCUCUGGAAUGACCCCCAUGAAUAACCAGACAUUUGGCUGUACAGAGCCUCUGGAUGACGGCUCAGGGCCUUGCUCAUGUCAGGACUGCAGUAAAGACUGUGGCCCGAAACCUGUACCUCCCCCUAUCCCCCCUCCCUGGACCAUUUUAGGCCUGGACGCCAUGAACGUUAUCAUGUGGAUCUCCUACAUGGCCUUCCUCUUCGUGUUCAUUACCGCCCUGCUUGGAGCAUGGUGUUACAGAAAGAGGACCAUCACAUCUGAAUAUGAACCCAUCCAAGGCAGUAACCAGCCCCUCUCACUGAAUAAUGACCCUGUUAAAUCAGCCGGUCAGGUGACCUGUUGCGAAUCUCUGGGUGAGCGUUUCGAGAACGCCCUCCGCUGCUUCUUCAGCCAGUGGGGUUCAUUCUGCGUGCGGCAGCCCCUGCUGGUGAUCCUGAUCAGCAUGGUGCUGGUGGCGGCUUGCUCCACGGGUCUGAUGUACAUGCGUGUCACCACGAACCCUGUGGACCUGUGGUCGGCCCCCGGUAGCAAGGCCAGGCAGGAGAAGGACUACUUUGACCAAAACUUUGGACCUUUCUUCCGCACAGAGCAGCUGAUCAUCACCACACCCUGGACAGACUGGUUCACAUUCGUGUCCACGACCGGACCAGACAUUCUUUUCGCUCCCAUACUGAACAUAUCUCUGCUUCAUCAGGUUCUGGAUCUCCAGACUGACAUAGAGAACCUGGAGGCGGACUAUAAAGGGCAGAAGGUGACGCUGAAGGACAUCUGCAUAUCUCCCCUGUCACCCUACAACAACAACUGCACCAUUCUGAGCGUCCUGAAUUACUUCCAGAACAGCCAUGAAGUCCUGGACCACAAAUUUGCUGAUGAGUUCUUCACGUACGCUGAUUACCACACACACUUCAUGUAUUGUGUGAGUUCUCCAGUAGCCCUUGAUGAUAUGGGUCAUUUCCAUGACCCCUGCAUGGGUACUUUUGGGGGCCCUGUUUUCCCCUGGCUGGUCCUUGGAGGCUAUGAAGGUACGGCCUACAACAAUGCCACUGCUCUUGUGAUCACCUUACCUGUCAACAACUACCUCAAUGACACAGACAAACUGGGCAAAGCUCUUGCUUGGGAGAAAGAGUUCAUCAGUUUUAUGAAGAACUACAGCAACCCGAACCUCGCCAUCUCCUUCAGCUCAGAACGAAGCAUUGAGGAUGAGAUAGAUCGCGAAAGCAACAGUGAUGUUGCAACCAUCAUCAUUAGCUAUGUCAUCAUGUUCGUCUACGUGUCCUUGGCGCUGGGCCACAUCCACAGCUUCCAAAGAUUACUGGUGGACUCUAAGAUUUCUCUGGGAAUAGCUGGGAUCCUGAUUGUUCUGAGCUCGGUGGUCUGCUCUUUGGGGAUCUUCAGCUACGCUGGUGUUCCCCUCACCCUCAUCGUCAUUGAGGUCAUUCCCUUCCUCGUGCUCGCUGUCGGGGUGGACAACAUCUUCAUUAUCGUGCAGGCCGUUCAGAGAGAUGAACGGAUGCAGCAUGAAGAGCUGCACCAACAGAUAGGCCGUGUCCUCGGAGACGUGGCCCCCAGCAUGUUCCUCUCCUCCAUUUCUGAGACCGUGGCCUUCUUCUUAGGAUCUCUCUCCCACAUGCCGGCAGUGAAGACGUUCUCUUUCUUCGCUGCACUGGCCGUCCUCAUUGACUUCCUGUUGCAGAUCAGCUGCUUUGUCUCUCUGUUGGGUCUCGACAUCAAGAGGCAGGAGAGAAAUCGCUUGGACAUUCUGUGCUGCAUUAAGCUGCCUGAAACGCAGGAAGAGAAAACUGAAGGCAUCCUCUUCCGCUUCUUCAAGAAAGUCUACGCUCCAUUCAUUCUGAAGGAGUGGGUGCGCCCCCUUGUGGUUGCUCUGUUCGUGGGCAUGCUCUCCUUCAGCAUAGCGGUCACUGACAAGGUAGAGAUUGGACUGGAUCAAAGGCUGUCCAUGCCUGAUGACUCAUACGUUUUGGACUAUUUUGGAAAUCUGACUGAGUACCUCCACACGGGGCCCCCUGUCUACUUCGUUGUGCGAGAAGGUCAUGAUUACCGUACCUUGUAUGGCCAGAACCAAGUGUGUGGUGGAGUGGGCUGCAACAACGACUCUCUCGUCCAGCAAAUCUACACAGCCUCCCUCAUGAGUGACUACUCUAAGAUCAGCACAACGCCCUCCUCCUGGUUGGAUGACUACUUUGACUGGGUGAAGCCUCAGUCGACCUGCUGCCGAUACUACAAUGCCACUGGAGCCUUCUGCAACGCCUCAGUGGUGGAUCCAUCAUGUGUGCACUGCAGGCCUAUGACUCCCAGUGGCAAACAGAGGCCUAAUGGCACUGACUUCAUGAGGUUCCUUCCAAUGUUCCUGUCUGAUAACCCCAACAUCAAGUGUGGAAAAGGAGGUCAUGCUGCAUACAGCACCGCUGUGGUCCUGAAGGACAACAACACUGACGUGGGGGCCACCUACUUCAUGAGCUACCACUCCAUCCUGAAGACUUCUUCUGACUACAUUGACGCCAUGAAGAUGGCUCGUGAACUGGCUUACAACAUCUCUGUUUCUAUGGGACUGAAGAACAAAACCCACUCUGUCUUCCCAUACAGUGUGUUCUAUGUGUUCUACGAGCAGUACCUUACCAUCGCCCACGACACGGCACGGAACCUCGGUGUGUCUUUGGCGGCUGUCUUUGCGGUCACCACAGUGCUCCUGGGUUUCGAGCUGUGGUCUGCCGUGCUGGUAUCGCUCACCAUCGCAAUGAUCCUGGUCAACAUGUUUGGAGUCAUGUGGCUGUGGGGCAUCAGCCUCAACGCCGUCUCCCUUGUAAACCUGGUCAUGAGCUGUGGUAUAUCAGUUGAGUUCUGCAGUCACAUCGUGAGGGCAUUCUCCAUCAGUACUAAGAGCACCCGGGUGGAGCGGGCUGAGGAGGCUCUGGCACAUAUGGGCAGCUCUGUGUUCAGCGGCAUCACGCUAACAAAGUUUGGUGGGAUUCUGAUCCUGGCACUCUCCAAGUCCCAGAUCUUCCAAGUCUUCUACUUCCGCAUGUAUUUGGCCAUCGUGCUGCUGGGAGCAAGUCAUGGCCUCAUCUUUUUACCUGUGCUCCUCAGCUAUGCAGGCCCAUCGGUUAAUAAAGCUAAAGUGAUGGCCGCCCGCAGCAGGUUCUCUGGUACGGAGCGUGAGCGUCUGCUUAAUUAUUAGCUGCUCUGGAGAAGCUGAAGCACCGAACCACAAGGGAUUGCGCGGCUACGGUGACCUCACAUGGCCACACACACUAACACGCACACACCUCGACUGAGAGACCCUAACUCAGGACCUCUGCUUGGAAGUGUAAAAAAAAUAUAUAAUAAUAAUAAUAAUAAUAAUAUUGCGUAAUCUUCCGCACUGGGAACGCUGUGUUCGUCCUGGCUUUUUUUUUUGUUUGUUUUUUUUUGUUUUUUGUUUUUUUGCAGGACGUGCGACGGAAGCUGCAUUCACUUUUGAAUACCAAACUCUCAGUAUGCAAAACUAUAAGCUUAAAUACCAUUUUAUACAUACAGCCAUGUAGUAGACAUAUAAUGCCAGUCAGAAAUCUAUUAAUUUUUUUUUGGUACUAGAAUAAUAAGAAAAUGCAUCUGAAAUGACUAAAUUAUUUAUUUGUGUGAACACGUAUAUUUUGUUGGUGUAACUGCAUUAAAAGGAAAUGAAUCGAUUACUCUGUCAAAACAACAUUUAACAUCAAUGCGGUUAAUACACUUCUGAGAAUUCCAUGAAGUCUUACGUUGAUGCUUUAAGUGACACUGUACAUGAAGAGUGAACUCUACUCACAAGGUGUUAGCAGACUUAUUUUGUUGGGGGAGAUUGUUAUUCACAAAUGUUUUGGGGUUUUUCUUCUUAACUGCUGUUUACUCAUGUACAGAAGUGUUUUGUAAAGGAAGCGGCACUGAAAUACUAAGAAAGGAACAACUGGCGCUCCUUCAAUGGGGUCCGUGUCCUAAACUGAGCAGGAGUUUUCUCCCCAAAAGUGGGUCAUUUAGCCUGGACUUGAAUCCAUGCUUUCAUGAUUAGGCCUAUUUUUAGCUCAGUUACUCUGCAGUGCUGAGUAUAUACCUCAGUGGAAUGUAGUGGGAGAAAUUUAGGGUUAAUAUUAAUCUAAAUGGGUUGAGUCUGAAGAACUGUAACCUGUUUACGAGGCGUCCAGAGUGCUAAUCUAGAAGCCGGCUUAUAAAAGCUGCAGGACAAAAUGAAUCAAGUUAUAUAAACAUGCAUGUUCUACACAACCAAGAACUCGUGGCCACCUGUGGUUGUGUCUACAUACUUUUUUUUUAUUAUUAUUAUUAAUCAUGUAUAAUUUAGCAUGGAAUAUCUUGGAGCACAUUGUUGGUCCUAGCAUUGAAUCACAAAGUGUUCUGCGAGGAGAGGCGAGGUUUGAGGUGUUUUGAAAAAGUGGAAAAAUAUGACUGUUACUGGCACAACAAAGGGUGGGAGACGUUUUUUUUAAACCAUUUUAAUGUUUAAAUUUGUAACAUUUACUGAAUUGUUCAUGUCUGCAUUCCGUGGUGGAGAAUACGUUCUGAUAUUUGUAUGAUUUUUGUUUUGUUUUUUUGAAUAAAAGAGUGCUACUAAUUUGUAA